GUCGCAUAGUGUGACGUCUGCACAGCAGUGGGAAUGGAUGCGUUUAAUGUUGCUCUUCUUUCGCGCAUUGUACUGUGUAUUUUAUUGUCUUUAUCGUUUUUAUGGCGGACCUCUCUCGGCACGGAGCUGAGUUUCGUGACAUGCGGCUCUGUCAUCAAACUUUUAAACGUAAAACACAACGUGAGGCUGCAUUCUCAUGACGUACGCUACGGCUCCGGAAGUGGACAGCAGUCAGUGACAGGCGUCGUCAGCAUGGAGGACAGCAACAGCUACUGGAGCGUGCGUGGGACUCGUGACGCGGCGUGCCAACGAGGUAACGCAGUCAAGUGCGGUCAGACCAUCAGACUGACGCACGUCAACACGGGCAGAAACCUGCACAGCCAUUACUUCACCUCGCCACUCUCCUCCAACCAGGAGGUGAGCGCGUUUGGCGAGGAGGGCGAAGGAGACCACCUGGAUGAGUGGAGCGUGGAGUGUGGGGGGUCAGUAUGGAAGCGCCAGGAAGCGGUCCGCUUUCGCCACAAGGCCACUGAGGCGCUGUUGUCGGUGACGGGGGAGCAGUACGGCCGACCCAUCCACGGUCAGAGAGAGGUCCACGCCAUGUCCGGCAGCACUCAGCACAGCUUGUGGAAGGCCAUGGAGGGCAUCUUCAUCAAGCCCACCGAGGCCAUGCCGGGUCAGGACCACCACUACCUGCACACGGAGCUCUGAACGUUGUCAGUGAUGGCGACAUGUUGCAGAUUCUAUUCUUCUCUUCCUCAAAUCCUCACCCUUUCUUCUCCCAGCGUCCUCUAGUGAGGAAGCUCAGUCACUCACUUCCCGUUUCUGGACUUUAUGUCUUGGAGACCCGAGCAGACACGCUGUGACAUCAGCACGGCUACUUCCUGCUGAGGGGGACGUGUGCCUUGUCUGCUUUUUGUAGUAAACACAAUGCUAUUUAUAGAACAACAACGACAAGCAACUCUUUCUAUUUUUACCAUUGACUAAAUGAUCUCUCCAGACAUGCACUACACGCACAGUGUUUGACACGGCAUUGCUGGACCGGAUGCUACAGUAUUUGUUGUCCAGUGUUGACCAUCCAUGCUGUACAAAAAAAAUGCCACAUGUGGAACAAAACCCCGCAAUAAAUACCUCAAUUUCAAAUUCAGGGAAAGUACAUUUUAAUUUACA